AGGAAAGAAGAAAGCGAGCCGAGAGAGAGAGGGAGAGAGAGAGAGAGAGAUUGAUUAACGGGAGGAAAUUGAUUUGAAAAUUCUGAAGCGGGGCCCACCUAUACACGUGGCAAGCAGUCAAUGGCCUUAAUAAUGGCCUACUUGGUGCUCAAGACUUGAGCACCUAUACGUAUUGUUGGUGGUCGCCAACUUACAGAGCACUGCACACACGAGGGCAAGAGUCGGCGUGUUCUUCUCGAAUCCUUCCCGUCUCCCUUAAUCAUCUGUAGACCGUCGCAGCGACCCCCAACUGCAAGUUUGUGAACUUGUUCGGCCGCAAAGCUUUAGCUAGAGAAUGAUUUGAGCAUUAAGUUUGCUAUGCGUUCGUGCUUUAAUGCGUGCAAGAGAAGUUGUAACUUGAUGAGAGAGUUUCAUGUGGGCAAGCAUUUCUCCAACUUCAAUUCUGAGGAUAUUGUCUUAAAAACAGUUUGUGCUCAGUUGAGGCAAAGGAAGUGGAAACAAGUGGAGCACAUUUUGCCGAAUCUCAGUAGUUCGUUGGUAAGUUGUGUUAUUUGUGAACUUCAAAACUCCCCCAAGUUAGCAUGGGAAUUUUACAAAUGGGUUGCAGGCAAGGAGAAGUAUGUACAUUCAUUAGCUUCUUCCUGUUCUAUGAUUCAUGUUUUGGUACGUGGGAAGAGGUUUAAUGAUGCGUUAUUACUAAUGAACGAUUUAAUAUGUGCAAAAGGCAUGUCGCCGUUGCAGAUUUUGCAAGCACUGAUUAGUAACUGUGAAAUGUAUGAUUCAACUCCAGCUGUGUUUGACGCGUUGGUUAGGGCAUGUACCAUGAUUGGGGACACAAAAAGUGCUCAUGAGAUUAUUCAGCAAUCCAAGCAGGCUGGCUUUAUGGUUACCAUCCACGGUUGGAAUAACUUUUUAAGUCAUCUUUUGAAGCAGAAUAAUAUUGUAGAUUUUUGGAAGAGUUAUGAGGAAGUGGUCUCAAAUGGGUAUCUUGAGAAUGUGUACUCUUUCAAUUUGGUAAUACAUGCUCUUUGUAAGGAAUAUAAAUUACUGGAAGCAAUAUCAGUUUUCUAUCGAAUGCUGAAGAGAGGAAUUUGGCCUAACGUGGUCACUUUUAACAUGAUCAUAGAUGGAGCUUGUCGGAUGCAUGAUAUGGAAUCUGCACUCAAACUUGUCAGGAAAAUGGGAAUAAUGUCGAGAGAGUGUGUUCAACCUAAUUCAGUCACGUUCAAUUGUAUCAUUAAUGGGUUCUGCAAAACAGGGAGGAUGGCUGCUGCAGAAGAAGUUUUCAAUGAAAUGAUUACUCUGGGUAUUGAGCCAAAUGUCAGAACAUAUGCAACUCUAAUUGAUGGUUCCCCACGAGUGGGGAGUUUGGAUGAGGCAUUCCGAUUGUGCAAUGAAAUGGUGACACGGAGAUUGAUGCCCAAUUCUGUUGUCUACAAUUCUUUAUUAUGUUGGCUUUACAAAGAAGGAGAUUUGAAGGGUGCAUCUUUAUUGUUGUCCGACAUGAUUGAAAAACGUAUAUGCCCUGAUAGUUUCACCUAUGCUAUCCUUCUAGAGGGGCUAUGCAGUAGUGGACAUAUGAAUGAAGCUAUCAUAAUCCACAAGCUUAUUCUAGAAAAGAACCUGGCUGAAGAUAAUUUUUGUUACAAUGUCCUAAUCAAAUAUCUUUGUAGAAGCAAGCAGGAUUUGGGAGCCUGGCAACUUGUGGGCAGCAUGUUUGUCCAUGGUCUAGUUCCUAACAUUGUAACAUAUGGCACUUUGAUCGAUGCGUACUGCAAGGAGGGGAAUAUAAGACUGGCAAUUGAAGUUUAUGAUAACAUAGCCAAGUUGGAAAAACAUCCUAACCUUGUUAUAUACAAUUCUGUUUUAAGUGGUUUCUGCAAUGUGGCAUUAAUGGAUGCGGCUGAAUCUUUGGUGGAUUCAUUGGAGAGGAUGGGAUUGUUCGAUUCCAUGACCUAUAACACUUUGUUACAUGGCUAUUCUAUGAGUGGGAAUGUCGACAUGGUAUUUAAUUUGGCAUCAAAAAUUGGUGGUGUAAAUAGUAUGGUGAACAUAGUCACUUGCAAUAUACUGAUAAACUUUCUUUGCAAAUUUGGCUGCAUGUCACAUGCAAAGGAACUUAUGAAGGUAAUGUGUACACGAGGAAUGUCUCCUGACUCUAUAACUUAUACUACUCUGAUAAACAGUCUCAACAAAAAUUGCAGUCCUCAGGAAGUGAUUGAACUCCAUGACUACAUGGUCCUCAAUGGAGUAAUUCCAGAUGCCUAUACAUUUGAAGUAGUCAUGAAGCCAUUGCUUCAGGAGCUGGAUAAAAAUGCUGGAAGUUAGCAUGGCUGAACACGGUGCUGAAAGUUUGCAUGGCUACACAGUUCAGCAAUGGAAGCUGCGUCAACUCCAUCGUGGAAAGAUAAUUACCUGAAUUUUUGGACUUAAGUUCUUGCAAAAAAUCUCUCUCCUCAAUAUAGACCAAGUUGCUCAUGUCUUGUGAGAAAUUAUAAGCUUUUCACUAAGCAGGAUGGUUUGCCUAUGAUCCAUACCAAGAGCAUCUCUCUUCUUAUGUGGAUCUUCCUUUUGCUCUAUUGGACAUGCUCUUCUUGUUCGAUCUGCAGGACCAAGGCAGCAUUAUAUUGCUGUUCUUUCUGAUUCAUUUCCUUGUAGAGCACAGACAUGGGAUGGUGUCACGGGACAUGGAUCAAACUGCGGGAUAGAUCAGGUGGCAUAAAACUUUGUUUUGUUAUGUGGAAUUAGUGAACUGUGGAUAUAGUUAUUGUCCCAAAACUGAACUGGAUCGUUCUGUUGGAUUGUAAAUUGGACCAUCAGAAUUCUCUCUUUUUCUUUUCUUGUCAAGAAAGAAAUAAAAAAAAAGUUAACAAUAUUUCACAGGACACCAGUUUUACCCGUCUAUUCUGCUUUUGCAUGGUUCUGAAUUAUAUCUUCUAGUGUUAUUGACAAUAUUUUUAGUCGUAAACAUGUUUUGCGAAGACCUAACGGGAUAUUGUUGUUUAGUCUCUUCGUUAGUUUCUUAUGUUGACUUCUGUUCUCACCUUACUACACUCAAGGGAAAAAAAUGGGGACAGCCAGCGGAUAAAGGUGUCAACAAGAUAAUCAAUCACAUGGCGUAGGGCUUAGAUUAUAAAAAAAGUAUUGUGGAUUCUUCAUUCGAUGCAGCAUGGGUGCCUCUUUGUGCAGAUCUGGGAUCGCUGACUUGGUGCGGAACCAUUAAGGAAAUCGCUUUCUUGAUGACGCAGGGUUGAUGUUGGUGGUCUUUAUUUUGUGUCGAUAUCGUGGGGUCAUUGAAUCCACGAUUCCUCAAUAAGAUGGGAGUAAUUUUUCGAGUGAGAAAUGACUCGAGUCAUUUGUAAUGAGUUCAGAAAUUUAACCACUCAAAACACUUUUUAUUCCUUUUGGUUUCACUACAUUAUCGUAUUUAUCUUGGAUUAGUGA